AUGCACAAAAAUAGAAAUAUACUGGGAGUUCUAGAACUGUUAAAGUUAGUGGAUUCACUUGAAAUUUCAGGACAAAGUAGCAGCUUGAAAUGUCAUACUCUCGGGUCUGCGGCCGGUGCGGCUUUACUGAAAGCUGUAGUACCUGCAAAUAAGACAACCAUUGACCUAGGAAUGAUAUUUCCCGCUCCAGGAGUAAACGACGCACAGGCAAUAGUUUGUGAAAUGAUUAUUACAUUCUUUUUGCUUUUCGGAACAAUUGCCAUGCUUGAUUCAAAGAGAACAGACGUCAAUGGAUUUGCACCAUUCCAAAUCGGCCUUAUUAUUGUCAUCAAUGUAUUUGCCACUUUCAGCAUAUCAGGUGGAUGCAUGAAUCCAGCAAGAAGUUUUGGUCCUUCGAUUGUUUCUGGUAUUUAUGACAAAUCUUGGAUUUAUUGGGUCGGAGAUAUGACUGGGGCAGUUUUGGGAGCACUACUUUAUGAUAGAAUCUUCUCUACAACAGCAAGUACACAUUGGGUAAAAGCAGACUUCAGAAGAUGUAACGCUGGUGACGAAGAGACCUUAGACGACAAACUGGCAACCUACAAAAAGACUGGCCCUCCUGACGAAAAUAACCAUGACAUGUUUUAGUUUAAUCUUUUAAUUGGCAUUUAGUAAUGGGGGAUUUUUGAAAUUACAUGUAAUAAUGAAGGAAGUGGGUUAAGAGCAUUGUUUUCCAUACGAUUCGCUUUGUUCUUAUCAUUUCCCUUGAAUGUUAUGAGAUUAUAUACAGAGGAAAUACUAGUAAUUUAUCCCCUUUUUGCCAUUUAAAUUAGUUCUGUCAUUUACUAGUUUUAUUAAAUUAAUCAAAUAACGACUAACAUAGUGUGCCAAAUUAUUUGGGUAAUAGUUUAUCAUAUAUUUUUAUAUAAUAUUUACUUGUUUUGAUAUUUAUAUUUUACUAUAUAUAUAUAUAUUUAUAUUUGAAUUCUUUUGAAAAUGACCUACCUUGAAAAGAAAAUAAGACAGAGGAAAUUAACCCUACUUCAAUUUUGGUUGUAUAACAAUUGGACAACUUUCUUUUCGUUUUCUGUAUUAAAUAUAUUCCCAUAGAACGGGUUUCAGAUAGGAAUUUUAAAGCUUUCACUUGAAUUUUUCAAUUGAUACCAGAUUUACGUGGGAGUUGCUUAUGACGUUUGGCUGCAAAAAAGCUACCCAAUUCCCUGGCUUGCAAGUGGAAUAAAGAUUUUUAAAUAUAUACUGUAUAUUAUGCUGUAUAUAUAUUAUAUAUGUUCUUUUACUAAAACCAUUGCCGUGACGUCAGUCUAGUUUAGAUGAAUGAAUUGUAGAUUCAAGUGAGAAGUAGAGAUUUUUCGGUUUAGGUUCGAAUCUUUGUUUUCUCUUUGUUGUCCCUUUUCUAUAGUUUUUCCGAUUAGCUUAUUUUGUAUGUUAUUGUUGAUAUUUUUGUUUUUAUAGCAGUUUGUCGUAUAUUUUUAUUACACCUUAACAAGGUCUUAUUUAUUAGAGACCCACAAGAUCUUUGACGGACAUAGUCAUUUUUUUACCUCUCACCUUGUUUUUUGUGAGGGAAUGAUAAAUAUAAUGACCCGGCCGAAAGCCAUUUUUAAAUACAGCGUUAACAAUAUUAUUUUCUUUACUUGAAUUUUGUUUUCAAUGAAAUUAUACGAAAAGAUUGUUCCUGUCAAUGAUGCAACUAAAAGGAUCCAUUCAAAACGAAAGCAAAACGUGUUUUAAGAAGUGACGUGAUUGGAGAAACAUUGAAACACUGACUCUCUCUUCAUUUUUGUUGGCUGUUAUAUUUGUAUGUUAUACAUAAUUUAAUUGUAAACACUUUUUAAGAAUGACCUUAUUGUAUUAUUUUUUUUAGUUAGAAAUCGAUAUGUUAUGUGUUUUCAGUAUUAAAAUUGUUCCUGCAGAAACAGAGUUCGCUUCAGAGUUUUAAACAUUUUAGUUUGAUAAACUUGAUACCAAAUGUUUUUGUGAAUUGCGUGUAAUGUUUUUAAUUAGCUGCAACAAGCUUAA